CAAACCUGGACCCAGACGACCCAGACCUCUUCUACACUGCACUUAGGACAAGGACCCAGACAGAAACUAUGAAUGUAGCCAUGGAUGAUGACCACAAUAUUGUAACAGAUGCCGCACCAACUCCACAAACCCUGGCAACACUUGUGGGCGCCAACCUGGAGCAGCCAAACAAUUUUAUGACCCCUCAGAAAUUGCCAAAACAGGAAGCAUGCAGCACAGUGAUUAAAUCACCUCCCACCAACAAUUUCAUUCAAAAUGCAACAAGUUCUUGCAUCAAUUUGGAGUGUUCGAAUAAUUUUCAAAUUGGAAAUAAUCUUACUUUCAACUUUUCUAAGUCAAAGAAUAAAAAAAAGAAGAAAAAUAAAAUGACAGUGGCAAAGUCAUAUGAAAGUACAAUUCUUCCUGCAUUACUUGAACGAAGUGAUCUCCGAGUUACCACUUCAAAGAUAAAGGACGUGAGAAUUGGGGAGCCGUGGCGAUUUGUGAUGAGACACUUGGGAGUGACAAAUCCAGAGAUUGAAAACAAGCACGAGGAGUACAUCAAUAAGGGAGGAAUUGAAGAGGUGAUCUACCAGCUUCUGCGGCUGUGGAUAGAGAAAAAUGGUUCUUCUGCUACACUUGACAAGCUAAGUCGGGCUUUGCUAAUGGAAAAUCAAAAAGAUGCCUUGGAUAGCCUUUACCAUGCUUAUACAGUGGCAGAGCCUAUUUAACCAUUGGAUGAAAUUUUGUGAUAUCAUUUAAAGACCUUCAUUUCAUAUUCAAAAUUUAUUUUUCUACACAAUAAAAAGUGCAAAUGUCAAAACUUGUUGUCUUUU